AUGGCUGACCUGUCUGGGGACGACUGCCUAGCAGUCCAGAGAUAUCCGUUACGCCUUGAAAGCGCGCGCAAUUCCCUCAAAGUGUUCGUGGACAAAGGCUCGGAUUCACAGAAGACUGAGACCUCGUCAACACAAGAUGACAGCGACGCCACUGAAGCAGACGAAGACUCUGACUUCAAAGAUGCCAUCUCCAGCCUUCUCGUCACUCUUCAGGGCCACCGUGUCGCAAAGAGACUCCGCUCAAGAGAGUCGGGAAGUACUGUGGAUCGCGAGCUCGCUUUGUUAUACAGCCGGGCAGAUGGCUUGCCAGUCGAUACAUUUCGACCUCUCAUCAAUGCCGUUGUGAAACCUGCCACCGACGUCGAAAUCUGGAAGCAGGUUCUCCAACUCAUCACCACUGCAUCUCGGCUCACCCCGCCCCCAAGCGUGAGCGCCUCGUAUGGUGGAACACCUCGGACACACAACUCGGCGUCGCACCAAGGCUCUGAACAAACGAAACGGCUAUUGCAUGACGCUCUCCGGGACGAAUUGUACGGCUGUGCGUACGUGAAAGUGGCAGGAUUUUACGAAAAGUAUUUUGACGGAAAGAGUUGGACGGAAGAAUGCACGAAAACGUACGAAUCAAUAAAGAGCUCGCACGUCGAAGGACGUUGGUCAGACUUCCCACAAAGACCGACCGAGGAUGCUGUAUGGGCAUGGUGGACAAAAUUUCAGGAUCAACACCUCGCAGAGGCUCGUGGAGCGUACUACUCUACCAAGAGUAAGCGAGAGUUGGAGAGCUCUGACGGGGAUCGUCAGCUUGACCUAUUCGUGAAGAGUCGUGAUGCUGUCGCUUCCGACGAACACAAAUGGUCCGACAUUCGCGUGAUCGGCGAGCACACCAUAUCAGUCGAUGGCGGUCAAAAGUUUCUACAACUAGCGAGAUAUGCCCGCAACGUCUUCGCCGCGCAACCUCGGCGACGCUUCCUGCAUGGCUUCAUUCUGUUCGGCACCAAGAUGGAGCUUCAUGUGUUCGAUCGGUCGGGCGCGUACAGUAUGGAGCCGUUCGAUAUCCACGAGGAGCCUGAGCGAUUCAUCCGAAUUGUGGCCGGAUAUUGCAUGAUGAGUGACGAAGAGCUUGGGCUCGACACCAUUGUGCAGCAACAUGACGGCCGUCCCAGUGUGACGGUGCUCACCCCCGAUGGCAAGGACCAUAAGGUUGAGCUCGAUGUUCGGCCAAUUGCGCGCACUGCAGCGAUCGUCGGUCGCGGGACGAGUUGUUAUUCUGCUCGCAACGGAAAGACGGUGGUGAAAUUCUCGUGGGUCUCCGCCGGCAAGUCUCCUACCGAGCCGGAGCUCUUGAAGCUUGCCAAUGAGAGAGGAGUGAAGGGGGCCCCGCGGCUCAUUGGACACCAGCACGACAUCAGCACCGGGGAGAUGCGGUCUCCACUACUAUUCUCAAAGCGCCGGCGGGUGGAGGGCCGACGCUGGGCUGCCGGCCGACAACCGCACAGUCUCUCCUUUUCCGGCCAACUCGCGUCGCUUCCGUUAUCAGACGACGGGAAGAAGAAGCGCAAAUCGAUCGACCAAGAGCAGGCGCCCAACACCAAGAAGUCGCGCUCAAACAGCCAGGCAUCAAGGCUCAGUCAAGUUCAUGAAGCCAACGCCAGUUUCAACGACUCACAACAAUCACAAGCAAUUGCACCCACCGAUGAGCCUUUCGUGGAUCGGGUACUCUACGUUCAGGCCACUCAGCCUGCGGGUCGCCCACUCGCAGAAUUCUCCGACGUCCGCCAGCUACUCGCUGCCCUCCGGGAUGCGAUCAAAACUCAUCGGUCCCUGUUCCUGGACGGGCAUAUCAUACAUCGCGAUGUGUCUCAGUGGAACAUCAUCAUCACUGAUCCAAGCGAGAAUGACGGACUCUCUGGCGCACUCAUUGAUCUGGAGCUCGGCGCAGUGGUUGAGAAGGGACAAAACGUCCGGACGGGGCUCAAGCGCAUGACUGGCACGCUCAAAUAUAUGGCCAUCGAAGUGCUCGAACUGGGCAUGAGUGGUGCGCGGCCCGAUCUCGAACAUACCUAUCGGCACGAUCUGGAAUCGUUCUUCUAUGUCUUCCUCGACAUGUGUCUCAACUGCGGCUGGAGCGAAGGGAAGGCGCCAAAGAAAGACCCGCUUCGGGCGUGGUACGCCCUCCCAGACUACGACAACAUCGUGCGAGCGAAAUUGGGCGACAUGGGACCGACCGUAUUUGAAACCCUGAUCUUACCUAAAUUCUCGCCGAAAUUCGAGUGUGUGAAGAGUCUGGCCACGGCAUUACGAGAUAUUCUCUUUCUUCGCGUUGACAAAUUGCGGACGGAAACACCCACUGGGUCGCCUUCUGUUCUGUAUGAUCAGAUGAUCACGGCCUUCGACAAGGCCAUUAAACAAUGUGCAGCUUGA